CUCUCAGGUUUCCUCUCAGGAGGCACAGUAACGCUUUUUUCUGUCGGAUUCUUUUGCUUCGUACAAAACUCAUCGAAUGAGUAUAGUUUCAUUCAUAUUUGCACUAGUGUAGCUAAAAUAAAUAAUUACUAACGUUUACCACGAAAUGUUUAUUUUGAAAUCGCUAUUUGUACUUAUCGGUAUAUUUACAACGCUAUUUUUUUUUUAUAUUCGUUUAGCAUUUAUAUUGGAUUUUUAUUUUGAAUGGUUCUUCAACGAUGUUCAAGAUAUGCAGCAGUAUGAUUAUAUUAUUGUUGGUGCUGGUAGCGCUGGUGCAAUUUUGACAGCACAUUUAGCAGAGGACAAACAUAGCAUAUUAUUAUUAGAAGCAGGUGGUACUGCCCCAUACUUUCUUGACAUACCACUAUUAACACCAAUCAUUCAAAAGACUGUUUAUGAUUGGCAAUAUGUCACUAUACCUCAAGAACAUGCUUGCAAGGGUUUAAUCAAUAAUCAAAGUAGAUGGCCCAGAGGUAAGAUUCUUGGAGGUACAAGCCGUCUAAAUUACAUGGCUCAUGUAUUAGGACAUCAGCUAGACUAUGAAAAUUGGUUUCCAGAUUUUACUGAAAUGGCUGCACAAAAUGAUAAAUCAAUAAGUAUCAGUGAUUUAAGAUGGACCACUGAUUUUGCUAAUAUAAUGUUAAAAGCAGUAGAGGAACUAAAUCACAAUGUAAGCAAUACAAAUUUAUAUUUGGACAUAGGUUUUAGCAAAGCUCAGUUGACAAUGGAGAAUGGCAAACGAUGGAGUUCGGACAAGAUGCUGUAUCAAAAAUUUAAUUCUGGUUUAACUGUACUUACUUAUGCUCAUGCCACUAAAAUAUUAGUGGACUUGGAUAAAGCUGAAGGAGUUGAAUUUGUUAGAUUUGGUAAUAAAUACACAGCAACAGCAAAAAAAGAAGUUAUUUUAAGCGCUGGUGCAAUCGAGAGUCCAAAACUGUUAAUGUUAUCUGGAAUUGGACCAAGAAAGCAUUUGGAGCAAUUAGAUAUUAAUGUAAUCAAUGAUCUACCAGUUGGUAAAAAUUUGAUGGAUCACAUAUUAACCGGUUUUGGUUUGAUUACGCUUAAUACGAGUCUUGGAUUAAAUCUUUUUGAAAUCUUUAAUCCUGUGUCAGCCUACAAUUACUUCUUUUUUGGAGAGGGACCAUGGACAUCAUCGGGAAUAGAAGUGUUAGGGACCUUUCAUAGCUCCUUACAUACAAACGAAACAAUACCAGAUUUGCAGUUAAUGAUAUUACCUUUCAGUGCAUCGACGGAUAAUGGCUUUAUUACCAAAGGAGCAAUGGGAAUUUCUGACGAGAUUUAUAAUGAAUAUUUUGCUCCACUUUCGUAUCAAAAUACAAUAACAAUUGCACCUGUUUUAUUACAUCCUAAAAGUAGUGGAGAAUUACGAUUACAGAGCAACAAUGCCUUUCAAGAACCGCUAAUAGAUCCAAAAUAUUUAUCAAAUGAAGAUGAUAUCGACACUCUUAUAGAAGGUUUAUAUUUUGUAAAGACACUCUUGAACACGACUAUUUUGAGAGCAUAUGGUGCAUCUCUCAAUAGAAAAUCUUUUCCUGGUUGCGAGAACUAUAUAUUUGACACCAGGGAGUAUUGGAAAUGUUAUAUACAACAUUUAACUAUGACAUCUUACCAUCCAGCCGGUACAUGUCGUAUUGGCGACGUUGUUGAUACAUCAUUUAAAGUUUACAAUAUGAGAAAUUUAUAUGUAGUGGAUGCAUCAGUUCUUCCAUCGCUACCAAGUGGGAAUAUCAAUGCACCUGUGAUUACUUUGGCACAAAAGGCUGCCCGUAUUUUUAAAAGUAGAAAAAUAGAAGAAAAAAAUAUAUUAGUCCAAUCAAGUCAGCCCAAAUCAUAUUAUGCUUGUUACGUAUUUUACAUUUGUAUACGUGAAAUUUGUAUAAAUAUGUAAAUAAAAAUCUUAUAAAUUGAAGAAAUUU